GAGAGAAGAAUUAGAUCUGAGGAAUACACUCAAUUAUAAUCAGAGACAACUGAAAGAAUUGAAAGAUAGUAAAACUGAUCGACUGAAAAGAUUUGGCCCUCAUGUUCCAGCUCUUCUUGAAGCAAUAGAUGAUGCUUAUAGAAAAGGACGUUUUAAGUUUAAACCUGUAGGCCCUUUAGGAGCUUGCAUUCGUCUUCGGGACCCUGAACUUGCUUUGGCUAUUGAAUCUUGCUUAAAAGGACUUCUACAAGCCUAUUGUUGCCAUGAUCAUAAGGAUGAAAGAGUACUUCAGUCACUAAUGAAAGGGUUUUAUUCACCAGGGACCUCUAGGCCACAGAUAAUAGUUUCUGAAUUUCAGGAAGAGAUGCAUGAUGUAAAAAACAGAGCUGCUGUUCAUUCAGAGUUUCCAUCGGUUCUGACGGCUUUAGAAAUAGAUAAUGUAGUUGUUGCAAAUAGCCUAAUUGACAUGAGGAACAUAGAGUCAGUGCUGUUAAUUAAA